CCAGAAAUAAUCCUGGUGAAGAGGAGAGGUUGGGCAUGAGGCUAGCAACCCCAUCCGGUAAAAUGAACACCGCUACGGAAACUUCAAGCCACUAGCUUGAGGCCCUAUGUUCCACUGGGGAACGUGAAGGAAAAAAACAAUGGGUGAAUGUGUCUGCGCCAUUGUGGACGAUUUUGAGCCAUAUCACUAGUAGUCUCCAGUCAUUGAUUUUUAGCAUUCUGAGAACUCCCAAGUAGAUAGUUUGCAAUCCUCUGCGUUGCGCCAACCAGCCGUCGAAGACUUCAUAAGCUGAUUACAGGUUUUAACGUGACCACCCUACCCUCAACUCUUGCCAACCUGAUCUUAUGCCAGCUAACAUUUGCGUCUUCAUUGGUUAUCGUAGUGCAUGGAUUAUUUCUUCAGUUUUACUUUUUGAUUGGAAACCAAAUUUAUUAACUAGGUGCACAGCGCCAACAUUUGGAGUUAAAAUAUAUGCCUGAAAAUCUGUUUCUUGGAGGCUGAAAUGUUGAUUGGCAUCAGUUUGAAUUGAAUACAAUUUAGAUGACUAGUGAGUAGUUAGAGUAAUCAAAAGAGAGCCUAAUUCUGCGAUGAUUGUGGCUAGCGUUUUGUGAACGGUUAAUUUAUAUAUAGAUGUGGGUAAAUAUUUUUACUAUAUUUUCAAUACAUUACCUUAUCUAACUGUGGAAUAUUUCUUAUUUCCUUACUGGAAAAAUUUCAGCUCAAGUAGUUAUCAUGAGCAGUGAUUCUUAAUUUUUGCUACCGUUAGUUGGGUAAUUUAUGAUCACUGUAAUCGUUUAAUGUAAGAUUAGAAUUUAUCGCUGUAGUGGAGUAGAAUUCCACAUUGGAUGACUUCCCAAGCACAAUUUACUGCUUAUCAUCAUUCCAGUGUGAUCAUUUCUCAUGUUUCCUUGUAUUUUCUUCAUUUUGUUUUGUCAUUUAGAUGGAGUCGAAUAACAAUUCGAGCUCUACAGGUCAGCCCGAUAAUGUUCAGGGAGCUCUGCGAAAGCUUGACUUAUUGGUGGAAAAAGCAGAGCUCUAUAGCAAGAUCAAGUAUACAGGUGCUGGGCUAAAAGACCUAUCUAGUCCGUCCAAAAUCAAACCAGAGGCUGGGAUUAAUUCACCUACUUCUAGUUCUGUUGCAGAUCAUCGUCAUCGACGAACAGAAAAAGAAGAAGAUGAAGAACUGCUGACAGAGACUAAACUCGGUGCAACAACUGCUAUUCAACGCUUCGAAGCAUCUCCAUGGUAUGUGAAGGGUGGAGAGAUGCGUGAUUAUCAGAUACGUGGUUUAAACUGGAUGAUUCAACUGCAUCAUAACAAUAUAAAUGGAAUUCUAGCUGAUGAAAUGGGUUUAGGCAAAACAUUGCAAACAAUAUCAAUGCUCGGUUAUUUGAAACACUAUCGUCAUAAACCUGGACCGCAUAUUAUCAUUGUACCAAAAUCUACCCUGUCAAAUUGGAUGAAUGAAUUCGCUCGAUGGGUUCCUUCUCUGCGUGCAGUUUCAUUGAUUGGGAAUCAAGAUGAAAGGAAUCAAAAAAUACAAGAUGAAAUCUUAAAAAGAGAUUGGGAUGUACUUGUCACCAGUUAUGAAAUGUGUAUUAAAGAGAAGACAGUUAUCAGAAAGUUUAAUUACGUGUAUUUGGUAAUCGAUGAGGCUCAUCGUAUUAAAAAUGAAAAGUCGAAAUUAUCCGAGAUUGUUCGAGAUUUCCGUUCACAGAAUCGUUUGUUAAUCACUGGUACACCAUUGCAGAAUAACUUGCACGAGUUAUGGGCGUUACUCAAUUUUCUAAUGCCAGAGGUAUUCGCUUCAUCUGAUAUGUUCGAUGAUAUGUUUAAAACGGACACUGCACAUGAAGAAAGCUUUGUACAACGUUUACACGCUGUGCUCAAACCUUUUCUGCUGAGAAGAAUUAAAGCUGAUGUGGAAAAGCGUUUACCACCGAAAAAAGAAUGCAAGAUUUACAUUGGUCUGAGUAAAAUGCAACGGGAGUUGUACACGAAGAUUUUGAUGAAAGAUAUCGAUCUAGUGAAUUCAGUCGGCAAUAAGGUGGAUCGUGUUCGUCUGUUGAAUAUUCUUAUGCAACUGCGCAAAUGCUGUAAUCAUCCUUAUUUGUUCGAUGGUAUGGAACCGGGUCCACCGUAUACUACUGAUUAUCAUCUUGUUGAUAAUUGUGGCAAGCUAAUGCUGUUGGAUAAAUUGUUACCAAAACUGAAGGAGCAAGGCUCCCGCGUUCUCCUCUUCAGUCAGAUGACACGUAUGAUGGAUAUUCUAGAGGAUUAUUGUUUAUGGCGUGGUCAUGAGUAUUUUCGAUUGGAUGGUUCAACACCUCAUGAAGAACGCCAAGUUUCUAUUGAUGAAUUCAAUCGUCCCGGUUCAACAAAGUUUCUUUUUAUGCUUUCUACAAGAGCUGGUGGUUUGGGGAUUAAUUUAGCCACAGCUGAUGUUGUUAUCAUAUAUGAUUCAGACUGGAAUCCACAAGUUGAUCUACAGGCUAUGGAUCGAGCACAUCGUAUUGGUCAGACUAAAACUGUCCGUGUCUUCAGAUUAAUUACAGAACAUACUGUUGAAGAACGUAUUAUUAUGCGUGCUGAAAUGAAGCUUAAAUUGGAUAACUUGGUUAUCCAACAAGGUCGUCUUGUUGAACAAAAAUCGAAUCAGCUACAAAAGGGUGAUGUUUUGGACAUGAUUCGACAUGGCGCUAAUUAUAUUUUCCGUAGUAAAGACAGUGAUUUCAAAGAUGAAGAUAUUGAUAUUAUUUUGGCUCGUGGUGAACAAAAAACAGCAGAAAUGAAUGAAAAGCUAGCCAAGUUGGGAGAGUCAAAUUUAAGAGCAUUGAAAUUCGAUACAGCAGACGAAAAUGGUGCACCAUCAUCGGUUUACAUAUAUGAAGGAGAAGACUAUCGAGAGAAGCAAAGUCGUACGUCUUUGCUGGAGGGUUGGAUAGAACCUCCAAAACGUGAACGUAAAGCAAAUUAUGCAGUGGAUGCAUACUUUCGGGAAGCUCUUCGUGUUUCUGAGCCUAAAGCGCCAAAACCACCUAGACCUCCGAAACAACCAAAUGUACAAGAUUUCCAAUUUUUCCCUCCUAGACUAUUUGAACUUUUGGAUAAGGAAAUCUACGCUUUCAGAAAGAGUAUUGGAUACAAAAUUCCUAGAAAUCCAGACGCUGGACCAGAUGGUGAACGUGACCGUCUAGAAGAACAAGCUAGAAUAGAUGAAGCUGAACCUCUGACUGAAGAAGAAAUCGCUGAAAAAGAAGAGUUGUUAACACAGGGUUUUACAAAUUGGUCAAAACGUGAUUUCCAACAGUUUAUCAAGGCAAACGAAAAACAUGGUCGUGAUGAUCUAGAAGCUAUAUCAAUGGAUGUCGAAGGAAAAACACCAGAUGAAGUGAAACGAUAUGCUCGCGUGUUUUGGACAAGGUGUAAUGAGUUACAAGAUGUUGAUAAACACAUGGCUCAGCUGGCCCCACAUUUGCGUAUAGUCUCUCAUCUCCUCCUCGUGUGACCUCCUCCAUAUCAUCCUUGGAUGCUCCACUCGAGGGCCUAGUGCACCAUGUCAACCAAUGAUCUCAGCAUAUGCCCAAUCCAUCACCAUUUUCUUCUGCAUAUUUGUUGAACAAUCGGUUCUUGGAUGGUUCAUUACCAGAGUUCUGUGUUACUGAUUGUUUCCGGCUGGUUAUUUGAUCUUCAGUAUGGAGCGAAGGCAGUUGUUGACAAAGGUCUGUAACCUGCUUUUCAUAAUGCACUCGCCAAGUUUCUGACCCUUAUAAAAAAAACUGAUUAACUUCACAUUUGAGUUAAAAAUCUGAAUUUUGUUCUGAGCGCGGAAGAGUUCCAAAUAGACUUCAGAGUAAUGAAGAUGUCUUACCUUUCCAAUUCUAACCUUGACGUCUUAAUCUGUUUCACCUGUAGUCGAAACAAUGCUUCCCAGAUAUUCUUGAAGGCUAUGGUAUCAGCUGAUUGAAUGUGUUGACCAUUUCAUUUAUUCUGGAGGUCUUAUAUUCUCACACAGACUGAUCGCUGAUGAAAUCCAAAAUUAUACACAAAUUGCGGACGUUUAUUUCACGAUAAGAAUUCAAAACAAGCAACAAAUGUUAAUAACUCAGGAUUUGAUGAAUUCAUUAAAUUUCAGUAGAAUUCUUCAGUUGAAUAGUCUACAUACAGUGAUAUAUAUAUAUAUAUAUAUAU